AUAUACAACAUAUAGAUUUUCAUUGUGACUAGAAUGACUUGGCAUUUGGUUAUGUGGAUGGCUUUUUCAUCUCCUUCUUCCCUCCUACUUUGUAUACAUAAACGACAAGAGCUUUAUAGAAGCUCGUCCUUCUUGAGAAAGAAACGUCAAGGAAUAAGGACAGUCACUCUUUCAAGUAUUUCUAAAAAAGACAAAGGAAAGAAUGACUGGGGUUUCCGACCACCCGAUAUCCCAACCUUAGAAGAAAGAUAUAGAGCAGAACUAGCUUAUGUAGAAGAAAAGUUCGGUCCUAAGCGAUAUGAAACACCAGAGUUGCGAGAUCCUUUAAAGACAAGGAUACUUACAAACCAAGAAAAGGCAAAACAAGAAAGAAGUCGAGGAAUCAAACAAUAUCAAGAUAUAAAACGUAUCUUAUUUGGAGCAACUUUGGGAGUGGGUGCUUUUCUUAUUCCGUUGCUGGGGUGGUUGGGUUCAGGCAAGAUUGCUUGCAGUUAUGCCUUUGGAUUGGGAGGUAGUCUCAUCUACGUUUGGUUGUUAUCCCGAAGUGUGGAACGUUUAGCUAGUUCUUCUACACAAUCUUUUCGUGACUGGUUGGGACCAGCAAGAUUGGCUAUUGUUGCCCUGUUGAUAUUAACCGUUUCCAAGCAUCGAGAAGAGUUGGAGUUGUUACCCGUGUUUUUGGGUUUUCUUACUUACAAGGUAGCGACUUUCUUUCCUUUACUAUUGGAAAACUGGAAUCAAGACAACUCAUCGGAAGUUGACAGUUCUAAAAACUCCGUCAAAAAACAAGCAACAGACUCUUCAUCACUUGUUAUAUAAAAAAUGUGCUUUACAACGUCUUUUUCAU